CUGACCCACAGCCCCUGCUAGCCCAACCCUGCCACCCCCCAGCUCUGCCAGUGCCCCUCACUCCUGACCCAUAGCCCCCUGCUGGCCCAGUCUUGGGCUCCCCCCAGCUCCGCUGGUGCCCUCAGCCCCUCUUGUGACAUGGGGCAGGAAGUCAGGCUGUGAUCAGCUGUUCACUGCUGUGGUUUGGUGACUGGCUCACACUGCAGGGACCGAGUGGAAACGUUCUCUGCCCGUUUCUCUCCCUGGAACCCCCGGGAAGUCGCAGCCGCCAGAGGUCCCCCCUCCCCUGAGGCUCCUGCUGCCCAGACCCCGUGACAUGGCUGAGGACCCAGAUGGCAGCAGGGCCCCCCUGCUGCCAGGCAUUGUGGAGUCCCCUGUGCACCCUGCCCUGAGCUUCCUGGGGAAGGUGGUGGUCUCGGCGCUGCCCAUUGCCAGCAUUGUCAUCGGAGCCGUGUACCUGGGCCAGUGCCCCCGCCAGUCCCUGCUGCCCUAUUACCUGCUGGUGGGGGGCAGCACCGUCCUGCUGUUCCUACUGCUGACCUGCCUGCCCUGCGGGGAUGGGACGGACCCCCCUCAGCUGAGCCCUGGCGCCCGUGGCUGGAGGGCGGUUUUCCUGCUCUUCCUCUUCGUGUGGUUCAUCGCUGGUAACAUCUGGGUCUACUCCAUCUACCCCCCAGAGUACAAGGACCCCCACAAUCCGCGUUUCUGCCACCGCCUCCUCUACCUCUUCGCCUUCUGGGUCACCACGCUGGUGUACGUAGGGCUGGGGGUCGCGUUGCUGGCUGCUCUCGGCAUCCUGGGCUGCCUCGUGCUGCUGCGGGCGCGGCUGCCCUGGCUGCAGCGGCGAGACACGUACCCCUAGCUGGGGGGAGACAGUGGGGUUAAUAAAGGCCUGGAACACGG